ACUCAAGCGUGGUAGUUCCUCUUCUGUGGAAAGGGAGUUCUUAUGCUGCUCCCCAGCUUCUGUGGGGCUUGCUCCCUGUAGGCUCUCUUUCACUGCCUUCCUUCUCUCUUCACCCACAGGAGCCCAGAAACCCUCCAGAGAUGCUGCUGCUGCUGCUGCUGCUGCUGCUGGCCUUGCUGUGGGCCGGGUCCCUGGCUCAGCAUCCAGGAUUCCAGCUGCGAGUGCAGGGGUCCGUGACGGUGCAGGAGGGCCUGUGUGUCUCCGUGCCCUGCAAUAUGUCCUACCCCCAGGAAGGCUGGAGUGAGUCUGACCCAGCUUAUGGCUUCUGGUUCCAGGAAGGGGCCAAGUCAGGAGAGGAUGAUCCUGUGGCCACAAACAACCCCAGUCAUAAAGUCAUGAUGGAGACUAGGGACCGAUUCCACCUCAUUGGAGACAUCCGGACUUACAGCUGCUCCCUGCACAUCAGAGAGGCACAGAGAAGAGACACAGGGAGAUACUUCUUUAGGGUGGAGAGAGGAUCCUAUGUCAAAUACAGUUACAAAGAGAACCCACUCUCAGUACAUGUGACAGCUCUGUCACAGACACCGGACAUCCAUUUCCAGGGGUUCCUAGAAUCGGGGCGCCCCAAGAACAUUACCUGCAUGGUGCCGUGGGCCUGUGAGAGAGGCACACUACCCAAAUUCUACUGGAUCGGGGUCAAUGUUACCUCCCUGGUUUCCAGAACUUUCAACUCCUCAGUGGUCACCCUCACACCAAGGCCUGACAACCACGGCACCAAACUCACCUGUCGAGUGACCUUCCCUGGGGCUGAUGUGAGCACCGAGAGGACCAUCCAGCUCACUGUGUAUGCUCCACAGAACCUGACUGUUCAUGUCUUCUGGGGAAACAGCACAGUCCCAGAGGUCCUGGGCAAUGCCACCUCCCUGCAAGUCCAGGAGGGCCAGUCCCUGCGCUUGGUCUGUGAGACAGAUGGCAACCCCCCAGGGAGGCUGAGCUGGUGGCGGGGGAGCCUGACUCUCAGCCCUUCCAAGCCCUUGGAGCCAGGGGUCCUGGAGCUGCCCCAGGUGGUCGUGGCAGAUGCAGGGGAGUUCACCUGUCGAGCUCACCACCCACGGAUCUCCUACCACAUCUCCCUGAACCUAGUGGUGCAGGGACUCAGGGCAGGGGUGGUACUCGUGGCCAUCACAGAAGCAGCUGUCAAGACCCUGGUCCUUCUCCUCUGCCUCAUCAUCCUCAUAGUGAGGAUCUGCAUGAGGAAGUCGUCCCAGACUGCAGAAAAUGUGGAGGAUGAGAAUAUCAUCCUAGGCUGGCCCCACAGACCUCCAGACUGUGGUUCCAGAGACUGUCCACUACCAGCAAAGUACAAACACUGAUGGCUCCUCUCCAUGACCAGAGGCCCAGGUGGAAAUGACACAGGCUGGAUCUGAAGACUUGGCAUGGUCCAUCCCCAGCUGAAUGCUGCACAAGAUUCUACCAUGUCUGUGAAUGUCACACCAUGUCCACACCCAGCUGGACCAGGGCCUUGGUGACUCUGAGACUUUGCAUGUGCAGUUUCUUGGGCUGAAAUGCUCUUCCUUCCCCAUUCCUACUUCUGCAAGUCCUGAUUCUCCCUCACUGUGAGUCAAGCCACUGUGUGUGUCAUUGUACAUUUCUGAGCAGAGUGACAUUCACUCAUUUAUUCAUAGACACAUUUAGGAAGCAUCACUGAACACCUAGUAUGUACUAGCAUUGUUGUAGAUCCCAGAGAUGCAUCAGAGAACACUGCUUCAAGAAUAUCCACCACCCAAAGACAUGAAAAGACACUUCUGAAAGCAAAUAUAAACAUGAGCUACAAGCGCAUAAAAAAAAAUUGGCCACCACCAUUAGUCAUUAGGGAAGUACCACUGAAAUCAACAAUUAACUAUGAUUUCACAGUCAUUACACAUAUCUCUGUAUUUUAAAAUGAGAAAUGACAAGUGUUGGCAACGAUGUAGACAAAUUGGAAUUUUCAUGCAUAGCUUCUAUGAGUGAAAAAUGGUGCAGGAUCAUGGAAAACCCUUUGGAAUUUCUGUCAAAAGGUGAACCCAAAGUUACCAUAUGACCCAGAACAUCCACUCCCAGGUAAAUGUUGAAGGGGUUGGACUUACAAACUCCAACAGGUACUUGCACUCCAUAGGGCAAGCAAUGUUAUUCAAAGUAAUGAUGGAACCCACCCUAGAGCCCAUCCUCAGAAGAAUUAAUGAAUUAAGGAGGCAUAUACGUACAGUAGAGUACUCUUCAGCAUUAAAAAGGAGCAAAUGAUAUUCUGACAUCUCUUUCAACAUGGAUUAACCCUUGAAAACAACAUAAUAAAUGAAAGAAAUAAGACACAGAAGAACAAAUGUUUCAUGACUCUUCUCAUAUGAGCAAAGAAUAGGAAAACUCACCAAAAGAAGAAGGUUGGUUGGUUGGAUCUAAGGGAGGGGAACAGGGAGUUAUUUCUUCAACAUUUUUUUAUUGUUCAAGUACAGUUUUCUGCCUUUCUCCCCACCCCUCCCCACCACCCCACCCCUCCCUAUCUCCCUCUCCUGUUUCCACCCCCCUUUGUUAUUGUUCAUGUAUCUUUUAGGGUACUGGGAGUUAUUGUGUAACUGUGCAGAGUUUCUGUUUUGGAUGAUGACCAGUUCUGGAAAUAGAGAGUGGUGAUGGUUGCACAACAUUAUGAAUGUAAAUAAUGCCAUUGAAUCAUAUCCUAUAAAAUGUUAAAAAUGGAAAGUUUUAUUUUACGAAUAAUUUACCACAAUAAAAUUAUGGGAUUGAGAAGCUCUUAA